UGGGUAAAUCUCUCAGUACCGAACGCAUAAAACUAUAAAGUUUAGUUACGCAUCAUCCGAUAUUAAAUGUGGUGGUGAUGGAUUACGCAACCGGAUCUCAUGGCCGCGGACUUAGGCGACGGCGGGAUCGCGCGCGCAGUUCCGCGCCGUGCAGCCGCCGCGCGCCCGUCUGACGCAGCCACCGCUCCGCAAACACACGCUGUUUGCACACCGCCAGAUAUCAACACUAUAAACUGCACUCCAAACAAAAAAAACACAAAGCGCUCGCAGACACCGACUUCGCAAGUCCUUUUCAAAAGCACUAGUUUCGUUACUCGACUCAGUGAAAGGUUUUAAAGUAUAUAACAAAAAACAGAAGGUUUCAGCUUAGUGUCGCGACGAUGAGAGUGACGUUGUGGCUAGUGGCGCUGCUAGCGCUCGCAGCCGCCGACCCCUGGGAGGAGCCGUGGGUGGAGGAGGAGGACCUAGAGGAGCCGUACAGCGAGGAGCGCGACGAGGGGACGCGCGAGGAAGCCGUCAAGCCCCGCGCGCGGAGAGACGUCUACAACGAGGACCCUUAUGAGGAGCACGUCCGCGUCAAGCGACGCUGCUGCGACGAGGAACCCUAUGACGGCCGCAGGGUGCGCCGCUCCUCCGACUAUGUCAGGGUGCCGCGGCAAAUACACCAGUACGAAGUACACGAGUUUACCGACGAGGACCCGUCAGCGUUCCCAUCGCCGCCGUUCGAGGAGAUGCUGGCCGCCAGCGCCGAGCACUACCAUCGCGUGUACGCGGCGCCCGGCGCGCCCGCGCCUGCGCACUACUUGAACCCUGACGUGAGUGGAGCGCCUCUAGGCAUCCGUCCCGUGCCGUCCAUCACGCGCUUUGCCCCCGGGAUCGCGCUGCCGGGCCCCGUGCCCAGAGCCCUCGCUAUUGCCGAGCCUCCGCAGAGGCUGAUCCCUGUGCCGUCGCAAACCCCUGUGAACUACGCUUCGCCGCCUCGCGUUGUCGCUCCAACGAGUCAGCCUGUGCCUCGAGCUUACGCUUCUGUCAAACCUGUGUUUGUUGAUCCUAAACCCAGUGUUGUGUCUCAUGAUCCUGUCCAGUUUGUGGCGUCACCUAAUGUAGUGGCAGCGGCGGCGGCGCCCGUGGCCGCGGUGCCGGCGCCGGUGGCGGGCGAGGCCGCGCCGGCGGUGGCGGUGGCACGGCUGGCAGACGGCGACCUCCUGGGCUCGCCCGCUGGGCACCACCACCACCACCACCACCAGCAAGCGCACGGGCAUGGCCACGUCGCCGGCGGUGGCCACAACAAACACGCUGGCCACCACGCGGCGCACGCCGGCAAGAGCGUGAAGGGUUUCAACACGCACCACCACAAGGACAAGGGCAGCAAGGGCUUCAAGACAGACGAGCACCAUCGCAAGGAGUAUGAAGAAGCCGGCGGGAAGAAGAAGAAACACCACGACCACGCCGGCCACAAGGGUGGACACGAGGAGGAGGCGCAUGGACACAGGGGCGCGCACUUUGGGGAGAAGAAAGGACACAAGAAAGGGCAUAAGACCAAGGGCUACCACAACAAGUAUCACAAGGACGAGUUCCACAAGGAGCACAAGUUCUACGAUGACUUCCACAAGAGCGGCGAGCACCACCGCUUCGGCAAGUUCCACGCCAAGCACGCCAGCAAUGAGAGCGGCAAGAAGAAGGCGCACCACGUCAACGCGGGCCAUGACUUCGUUGAACGCGGCAAGAAGGGAUACAGCAACAAGGGUCACCUGGACGCGGACCACAAGGGCCACCACGGCAAGCAUGGUCAUGAGGAGCAUCACGAGCAUCAUGAAAACCAUGGCAAGAAGGGAGGUAGUGAGGGCGGCAAGGAAUGGGGCUAUGCCAAGAAGGGGUAACUGACAGGAGAUACUUGCCUGUAUGAAGAGAUCAGGAAUUUCCAAGCACCUGGGUUUUCUUAUGUAUGCGUCAAUGAAGUUCAGAAGCACCUUUGGAGUGGAUAAUUCAGAAGGCCUAGCAGAGUCGCAAAUGUUUCCAUUUUCAUAAUCGCUAUCGUAUAACCCUUCCAAAUUAAAUAAACACUUUACGCUUUCACGGAAGUCAACGGAUUCUAAUGGAAAUAUUUGACAAGUCAUAAUAAUUCUAUGCAGAAUCUGUGACACCAGCAUCCCGAUCGUCGCCGUAUUCGUAUUUUUAACCUGGUGUUAUCUUUAGUCUUCGUGGCGGUUUGCGUCAAGGACAUUGUAUACCUGCAAGACCUCUCGAUUCGCGCGAGUCGAUUUUAGGGACCUUACAAAUGGAAAUAUUUUCAACUUGGCUAGGCCCUUAGAUAGAUACGCACACUCAUGUGCUUGUAGAAAGUACCUAUUCUGUUCUCUUUUCAUUACGACUUGUACCCUGUCUGAGGAUUCCACUUAUAAACUUGCCGCACUUUAAGGAUAUUAUAUGCUUUUUUAAUCUUCUGAAGUCCCGGACACCAAAAUAGCAAAAUACAUUCCUGGUCACGAUUUUUUUUUAACUUGAUAUAAAAUAAGUUGUUAAAGUUCGUUUAUAAGUGAGAAUCCUUAAUAAUUACGAACUGAUAAAUCUAAGACUAACGGAGUUCGUCUCUUAGCCAUUUAGCAUGUCUGAGGAUUCAGGGUUUGAGUCCUGAUUUUGCAGUUUGCUCUAAUUGAAAAGGUUCAUCAAGUGAUCUGUCUGCAGAUUGGUGUUGAUAACACAUUUAGGUACUUACCUACCUAUUUAAUCUUUGCGUCUUGAGGCAUUAUACUUAUGUGGGUCACAGCUCACAGCGACACUUACGAAAUCCGACUCGAAGUCAAUUUGCUACCUGGUUCCGAAUUAAACAAACUCUAAUUGACUUUAUAAAAAACGCUGAAAGACCGUUGUGCAAUAGACCGUGUCUGAUCAAACAACAUUAGGGCUAGUUCACACGCGCGAGUCCGGUUGACACGAGCGAGACGCAGAUUGCUUAACAACGUCAAUGCAAGUAAGUAGUUAAUUAUUUUUUCUGUUCGAAGCAUUGCGUGAUGUUAAUAUAUUUUUUUUUAGAUUUCCGCGAGAUAUUUUAUUUACUUAGUAUGGUUACUGUUGCCAAAGUAAAUAUUUUGAUAGACUAGUGACAAUUGUGGCAAUAAUCAUACACCACAGUACUUGUAUUUGCGUAUUUCUCAUUUGCAACUUUCAAGUUGAGUCAUCAGUCACCAGGGGCCUGUUUGAUAAAACUUACAAUUGUAAAUUACAACGACAAUAUGAUGUUCAUUACGUAGCUAAUUUGAAACUGCAAAAUAUUUGUGAUCACACACUCCGCAAUGUACAUCAAAUUGUCAUUGUAAUUACAAUUGUAAGUUUUAUUAAACAGCCCCCUGAUCAUGUAUUGUGUACCCGGCUCAAUGUAGGUACCCCAUGCCGCAGUUCAUCCGCGGCGAUGCGCCGGCGCAGGCACAAUUAUUUCCGAAGUUCACGGUCUGUUAAGCAGUAUUAGUGCAAGAACCUAUACUUAGUCUCUUUGUUGUUGUAAAUAGAUGUAUUUAGUAAGUAGUUGUUAAGAUUCUUGUUAUUAAUGUUUUGUACAUUUAUAUUUUUGUCAACUCUUGAAAGAAUGAAAAGUUAAAAAUACCGUUUUUAUUUCAUAAGUUACCAAUCCCCAUAACAUCUGUUAUGUUUGAAUUUCAAACUUGUUAUUUUAAACGAUGAUUGUAAAAUGAAAUAAACUCUUUUCAAUG